AUGGCUGCGUUGAGACUCCCCCCAUUACCCACCGUCAGAGACUUGGUUAAACUAUAUCGUAUCCAAGCGCAAAAGCAUCUAGCCCAAAACUUCUUGAUGGAUGAAAACCUUACAAAUAAAAUUAUCAAGAAAGCGGGAAAGUUAACGGAUAGUUACGUGCUAGAAGUAGGGCCAGGACCUGGUGGAUUGACUCGGUCGAUCAUGAGAAAACAACCUAGAAAGGUAAUCGUGGUUGAGAAAGACCGCAGAUUUCUACCAACGUUACAACUGCUCUCCGAAGCAUUUACAAAUGCUGGCGGAGAGAUGGACAUAAUCAUCGAUGAUAUUACGAAAAUAAAUCUGGACUUGUUUCCUGAAGAAGAAAAAAAAGAGUGGGAGGACGAAGUACCUCGUAUACAUUUAAUUGGAAAUUUACCAUUCAAUGUUUCUACACAUCUAAUUAUCGAAUGGCUGAAAGCGAUAUCUGAGAGGAGCGGCCCCUGGGCUUUGGGAAGAGCAAAAAUGACACUUACUUUUCAAAAAGAAGUAGCCGAAAGACUCGUCGCCAGUUCAUUUGCUCCAAAUCGAUGUAGACUAUCCGUCAUGGCCCAGGCUUGGACUAAACCUCAACUGAAAUUUAUUAUUCCUGGUAAAGCCUUUGUACCUAAGCCUGACGUUGACGUAGGUGUUGUAACAUUUACGCCAUUAAUCCACCCCCAGACAAGGCAUGAGUUCCAUCUGUUCGAAAAGAUCACCAGGCAAAUCUUCAGCUUCCGUCAAAAAUAUAUAAUAAGAUGUCUAGAAACUUUAUUUCCUGAAGAAUAUAAAGAUAAGCUCAGCAUAAUGAUGUCCAAAUUAGCGGACAUAGAUCCGACUACGAGACCCUUUCAGUUAACCGUUCAAGAAAUAAACCGCCUUUGUACAGCCUAUAAAUAUCUCUGUGAAAAACAUCCCAAUAUUGAAGAUUACAAUUAUAGAGCUAGCAAAAGAGUUUUACCGCCACGAUACACGCAUGACAUACAAGUACAGGAACUUAGCGCCAGCGUGCAGUAAGGGUAAGUUUAUGUGAUGGUCUUCAGAUAUGUGAUUGUUGGAUUAAUUUAGUGAAUGCCCUCAAUGCUCCAGAUGACCCACUUUUUCUGUAGAAUAUUAUCUGUAAAAACUGUAAAUGGAGAAAAAUUUGUACUCCCGAUAAAUGGAAUUAUUUUAGUCAAUGAGAAAUAAAGUAAUUGUUUAUCAAUAUA